CUCUUUGAAAUUCGCGAUAAAAAUGUGUGCGCGUGCGCAGUGGUGUUGUUGUGGUGUGAUCGAUGCGGGGCUGGCGGGUCCGGAGGCGCCUCUAAUUCACCUCAUUUGAUGCUUAGCAGCGCUCCCCGUGUUCCCCAUGAUGGCAUCCCAAGAUGACCUGGGGAUGCUUUGGUACGGAGUGACGGGAGUGUCCUUCAACCCAGCAGACCCAGCUGAGGUGAUGCUGAACACGGGCACCACCGCUCCCCUGCUGUCUGACCACCCCCGGCCCCUGGUGCCCACCCCAGUGCCCUACACUGAACCCUCUACCACACAGCACACUCAGAUGCUGUACGACCCCAACACCGGGGACUAUGUGAGCCAGCCAGAGUACAUGUACGAGGCAUAUGAUGGGUACGACGAGGAUUCCUCCAGCAGCCAGGUGAUGCAGCAGCAGGGCACUCCACCCAUCACAGAACCUGGCAUGGUGGAGCACCCAGAUGAGUCUCCACCGCCCAUGCCCAAGUCCAAGAAGCCAAAGGUUCACCAGCAUCCAGCACUGAAGUUGAAAACUCCAAUAGCAUACCAGAAAGACACUGACCUCAGUGCUAUUCCCAUCAUGCGGGAAGGAAUGGGUAAGGCCACUUCUGAAGACUUUAGAAGGCCUUUCAAACUGAUAACGGUAUGUGAGAAGUGUGGAGCCAUUGGAGUCAAGCAUGCAUUUUAUGGGAAGGAGAGAAAGUUCUGCAGUUUGUCGUGUGCCCGUGGACCGCUGCCCCCGUCGCAGGCCUUGGCUGUGGCCCGGCAGAUAGAGAAGGAAGUCCCUGAAGACACUGCCAAGGUUGUGCUGCCAACACCUGAGCAAAUUGUCAACCAGGUUCCUCCUUUAUCUCCUGAUGUUCUGCCCCAAGGCGGCUCAACCAUCACGAAGCCCAGCCAGGUGGUGCAGCCCCAGCCUGUUACAAUGCCCCAGGAAACCUUGUCCUCCCCUACGUACCUUCCCCCACCAGAGUCUACGGUGGACCUAGAGGGAACAUUUUCCUGGGCCUCGUCUUACCUGGAUGAUCCUAACUUCAAAGCAGUUCCUGUUAGCUGUUUUAAACAUGCUCCCAUGGCCGAGUGCUGGGACCAGAUGAGUGCCGGCAUGAAGGUGGAGGUAGGGUGUGGAGAGGAGGGGGUCACCAAGGAUGCCUACUGGGUGGCCACUGUCAUUGCUAUAGGAGGAUUCAAAGCCAAGCUGCGAUUUGAAGGCUUUGUAGAGGACAGUUCCAAGGACUUUUGGGUGGACCUGUGCUCAGAGGAGGUGCAUCCGGUGGGCUGGUGUGCCACGCAGGGCCGGCCACUCAUCCCGCCACGCAGCAUCCAGCACAAGUACAAGGACUGGAAGGAGUUCCUCAUGCGGCGGCUCACUGGCGCACGCACUCUGCCCACCAAUUUUGUGUCCCGUGUUGUGGAGAGUCAGAAAUCCCGGUUCAGGCCAGGGCUUAAUGUUGAAGUUGUGGAUAAAAACAGAAUCGCACAAAUGAGAGUGGCUACAGUGACAGAGGUUGUGGGCAAGCGGCUGCACCUCAGGUAUCACGGAGCACCUCCUGAUGACAAUGGGUUCUGGUGCCAUGAGGAUGCUCCCAUCAUUCACCCGGUGGGCUGGUCGAGGGAGGUGGGCCACGAGAUCGUAGCAAGCCAGUCCUACCAUGAAAAGUGUAUCCGCGGCACCUAUGACCCCAAUGAUGCCCCUCCCGAGCUGUUUGUUGCAACCCCCUUACCUGCCUAUCUUCGGAAUGCCAAGACUACUUUUGCAGAGGGAAUGAAACUAGAAGCCAUUGAUCCUCUCAACUUAUCUGCAAUCUGUGUGGCAACGAUAAUGAAGGUCCUACACAACAACUACCUCAUGAUAAGGAUAGACAGCUACGAAUCAGAUGACACGUGUUCUGACUGGUUCUGCUACCAUGCAACCUCCCCCUGUAUCUUUCCGGCUGGCUUUUGUGAGAUGCACAACAUCCCCCUGACGCCUCCCCGGGGGUAUGAGGGGCAGUUCUCUUGGUUUACAUACCUCAAGAAGACUCAGGCCACCGCUGCACCACCAUCCCUCUUCAACAGGGAAGUGCCCACUCAUGGCUUUGAGGAAGGGAUGGCUCUGGAGUCAGCAGAUUUGAUGGAUCCACGGCUGGUUUGUGUGGCCACAGUGAAGCAAGUGAAGGGAAGACUGCUGAAGGUGCACUUUGAUGGCUGGGAAAGUGAUUUUGACCAGUGGAUUGACUACCAGUCCCCUGAUAUCUAUCCUGUUGGCUGGUGUGACAUGUCUGGCUACAGAUUGGAGGGACCAAAGUCUGAAGUCCUCUGCACCUCCCUUACAGUUCUUACACCACAAGUGCCAAAGAGAAAACCAAAAGGUGGGUGGAAGUAUGGGAAGCCUGGCCGACGGGGGCGACCCAUGGGGAGCAAGAAGCUGGGCAAGGUGGGCGGUGGCGGCAUGAAUACCAAUGGCACCGCAGCACUUGCCCAGAAGCGAAGAGGCCGCCCACCCAAAGAGAAGAACCAGUCUGAGGCAGGAUAUGACGAGUCACCCACACCUCACAUCAAGCCCAUUGAAAACGAGAAUUCAGACUUCUUACCGAUCGAAGAAGAGAGCUCGUCAGCUCCCAGAGUCCAUCGAAGCCACAACAAAAAAGAUGCCAGACGAUCUCCCAGGGCCGCUAGCACUCUCUCUACUGCCAGUAACACUAAGACUCUCCCUGUGAGGUCCACCCGAGCCAGGACUCUCACAGGCUCCUACAACCAGUCAGAUGAGGAGGAUAUCUCAGAUGAGACAUCGUCAGGCGUCGCCUCACUGGAUGGCAACGAAAGUUCCGGGGAGGCUUGGGAUGUGGAUGAGAAAUCGUGCAAUCCUUCAUCAGCUGCUUCAUCUACACCUCCAUCAAGUCUACCUGGGGAUUUGUCCAGUGCAAGCUUCACUCCUUCCUCUGUGUCAGAAACUAAAAUGGGAAAUUUCACAAACCAUCCUAUUCAGUUUGAUCAGUCUAGUGCAGAAGACAACACUUGCUAUUCAAGUGCAUCACCAAACCUGCAGAGCAGAGUUGAACCCAUGAGAAAUGUGAGAAAUGUAUGUUCCAAGAGUACAAUACAACAAGGUGCCCAGACAGUCACUGAGCCAUCCACAGUCAAAGGCUCAGCUACACAGACUGCCCCCUUCACCACCAGUAUGAAAGCCGGUACCUCAGGAAAUUCUAGAGACUUGAUCAAGUCCCAAGUUCCAGGGCAGCUUUCCUCACAGAAGAAUGGAAGUCUUCAGCAGGAUAAAACAACGUCCCAGUCUCCAGUUGUGUCAUCCACAGUCACCCACCAAGUCUCCACCAGUCCUCAAGUGUCCCUUGUGUCAGCAACACAAAGUGAGAAUGAAACUAAAUCUUAUAUUCCAAGGCUCAUUGAUGGCCCAGUGAAGGAUGGAUCAAAGGUUCAGCCCAAGUUGUGGACACCUCAAGAUGUUGCUGAGUUCCUCAAAACUAAUGACUGUGGGGCUUAUUGUGACAAUUUUAUAUCACAAAACAUCCAUGGCUCCAAGCUGCUAACACUGUCCCAGAAUGAAGUGAUGGGCCUCACAGGAAUGAAGGUUGGCCCCUCCCUCAAGAUUCACGACCUGGUACAGCAGCUGCUGGCCCUGGUCAACCCCGCCCAGGCCCGCUACCAGGCCACGCUCAUGAAGAGGGGACUCUCCUUCACGUAGGGCAUCUCCUCCCCUCGUUUUACCAAAUAGUGUGAGUAAUAGUAGAACGUGUUGGCAUUCUUACAGUUCAUUGGAUGUGGGAAGGUUCAGCCACUUACCUAAUAUUUAUGAUAAAUUGGUGUCUUAGGUGAGUAAGACUAGACCACUGAAACUAUAACAAAUAAGAAGGGUAAUAUGCAUUUUUAAGAAUCCAUUUCCUGUGGCAUUUUGGGCAUACAAGAUUACUGUCAGUCAGUGCAUAUUACUUUCCUGUAAAUUAGUGAUUACUCCAUGAAAGUGUACAUAUAUAGAUAUUUUUGGAUCCUAAAAGAAAAUACCACAUUCUAUCCUGGGUUUCCUUUACAACAUAAGAAAUAGUCCUGAGCCUGAAAUGCAAAGGAACACAGUCCAAACUGCUUUACUUCAUAGUAAGAUAUUUUUCCAAUAUGCUAAAAUACCUGGGGCAUUAUUUUAUUACUUACAAGCUAACUUAAGUUAAUCCAGCAAACUCCAGUUUUCAGUUGAAAAUUAUAAAUAACAGAGGAGGCACCUAGAGCCCAGAGUUGUGUAAAUAGUUGAUAGGUUAUUUUAUAGAGUAUCACUUAAGCAAUUAGUGUAUAUACUGUAUUUGUACGAUGUGCAUAAAUGUUAAGUUAAUGACUAGAAGAUUAAAUGGCCCAGUAAAAUAAAUGGCCUAAAUUUGUAGGAGAUUUGCUGCAUGUAGGCUGACAUGGUUACUAGUUUGGCUUGGAACCAGCAAAUAGAAGAUAUCAAACAGAUAGUUCAUAGUUUUACCUUUCUGGCUGUAAUUUCAAACCUCUUGGUUUUGUUAAGCCCUCUCCUCCAAUACGUAAUCUCAUUCUCAGGGUCUCAGAGGGAUGUUUGUGCUAAGCCAGUGUCUAAAAUAUUCCUUCUAAAAUCUUCAUAAUGAUCCUUGGUGAAGUCUUGAACACUUAAGCCAGAUGGAAGAAGAGAGAAAGAGAGGAUGUGUGUUUGGCUUCCUUGCAUAUUCAGAUUUGCAUGAGUUGUGCAUAUGAAAUGUUUACUUUUUGUAUAGUAAUUACACACCUACAUAUAUUUCAGUAUUGUUCUGUUCUGUUUAAUUUUGUUCAUUGAAUUAGCUAUGCAAUAUUAUGUCCAGUAUUGAAUGCAUUGAUUUUGUGUAAGUUUUCAGAGAAAAUAACUUAAACAUUUGAACAGAGGCAGAGAAUUUGAAAGCAGUGAGAUAUUUGUCUCCUGUUUGUGCUCAAAUCAACAGGCAUGUAAUGUUUUGCUCAUGUAAGUUGUAUAUCAGUGUUUUAUUUAGCCAGCCUUUAGAGUAUUAAUAUAUGCUUUUGUAAGCCAGUGACGCCUUCUGCAUAGGAUGUUGUAUGGAAUAUGUCCUGUCUCCUUUCCUUCCUUGCCCACCCCCACAAACUAUUCUCAGAUUUCAGUAUUCAUUCUCCUGUGUGUGUGUGUGUGUGUGUGUGUGUAUGUGUGUGUGUAUGUGUGUGUGUUGGAAGAACUUCAGUAAAUGUGUUUACUUGACAUUGCACAGUCCAUUCUGAUCUCAUUUCAUACUACCUUUUGAAUACAUUGAUUUUAUCUAAGUUCCAAGUUUGUAUGAUUUGUGGGUUUGUGCAAAUUUUACUGUAAAUUUUUAUAUGCAUUUACUGGUAUGCAAACAUGAACUCUUCCACUGACUUCACCUCUCCCACUUACAUGAUCAGUGCAGGAAUAAUAGCAUCUUUAGUUACGUCUGAUGGAGAAUGCCAGUCUUUUGAUACAAGUUUUUAUUGUUGCUAUGUUUCCCAGCUGUCGUAUAGCAUUGUGGUUGUCUGCUGUCCUGUAGAACCCUGUCACAGCCAUCCUCUUGUGGGGAGUUCUUAGGAACAGGCAUCAUACAUAGGCAGAGAAUUUUGUUAAUUUAUUAAUUGCAGGAAAAUGGAGCAAAUUGUGAACUUCCAUUAGGUUUGGGCAUACCUAGUAUAAUUCAGAUAAAUAUAAACGUGCGGAGCUUCUUGUGUUUCCUGAAAUGUUUUAUGCAGAGGUAGUUGGGAUUCCUAAAAGAGUGUCACUGCAUAUUAUGCAAUAUGGCUAUCCAUCACAUUUUUACUGAGAUGGCUACAGGGUUAUUGAAUUAUUGUUGAUUAAAUGUUUAAGGGUCAUAUCUAAAUUUAGCACACUAUCAACUUCAGACUUUGUUUUAUUUAGAAGGAUUUCAUUUAACAACUUCAGACCUUUAUUUUAUUUAGAUGGAUUUCAUAGAGAUGUUUCAAGAACAACAGAUAAAGAAUUGCAUCUUGUAUAACUCUAAAGUUGAAUAAGAACUGUAGUAGAAUUCAGAAAAACCUGGACAUUGUGCUCUGGUGUACCAAGUUAGAGUACCAGAUGAAAAUUAUUUACAAGUGAUUGAUGGUGUGUGUAAGAGUGGCAGCACCCUUCCUUCACAAAGCUAAACCAUAUACUGUGUUGUCUGUAUCGAAGACACUAAAGUUUCCCAUUGGUUAAAUAAGCCUUACAAAUCAUUAAAUAAUUUGUGAUUGACUUUUACUAUACCUGAUGUAUCUCAGAUUAUUCUGUAAUGCUUUUCUUUGCAACCAGAGACAUGUAGUUGUUAUCCAUGUGUUGAGAGAACCAGUGAGCAAGAGUGACAUUUCUCAGUUACUAUUCCUAAUUUGUUUCCAGUCAUGGGAAUUACUAUCAAAGCUUUUUUCUCUAUAUACACUGGGCUGAACUUAAAAUAUACUUUAUAGUAAUUUUCAGUCACAUUUCAGUACUUUUAGAAUGAUCUAGAAAGUUUAUCCUUAAUUUACUGGUUGAUGCUACACAUUAAGAUCAGCUUACUAAAUAAGUGUUUAAAGAGGAGGUUGGAAAUCCCAGUCAAGAGGAAGAGUACACUUUAAUGUGUGAAUCAUAUUACUCAUUGUGUUUUGUAAGUUCUUUCUCCUUUGUCUGUCAUGGACAGACACAAUCAUAAAGCAUGUCAUGAUAUCUGAGUUGCUGAGGUGCCCAUUUGUUAUUAAGACCCAGGAGUGGAGCUGUAGGCUGGGCUGUGUGCCACUUUUAAAGGCUUAGAUUGUAACUGAGGCUUGCAGACUUGAAAGUAGUCAUGGUUAUUCCUACACCACAGAGGGAUCCUGUCAAGAGUACGUCCUGUCCUGUACUAAGUUGUUUUCUCACACGAGGCUGUUUGUUGAAGCAAGUAGCCUUGCAACACUGUUCUUUAUAGCCACACAUGUGCAUCUGUGAUACAGGAGAGGAACUCCUAAAACAAAAGCUGCAGCCUUUGAGGACCCCAGUUAUAUCUUAUUUUUACAAGCUCUUGCUGCUGCUGCUACUGCUGAAUUGCAUGAAGCACCAAUAGUUUUUGUAAUUUCAUAUGUAUUUCUAUGAUGAUUAAUUAUGAAAGCAUUACAGUUUUGCAAAGUUUCACUUGUGUUUUCUGCCCAGAGUGCAUUGUUUGUGUGGGAGGAAUUUUUCCAUAUAAAUGAAUGUUAUUCAAGCCAACCAAAGAAUUGUGAAUGCAUUGCAGUGUACUACAAGCAUAGAGCAAUGUUGGUCAUCAUAAUCAUCAGUUGCCUCCAGCUUGCCCUAAUUAAUGAGAUUGGGAUCCAGAAGGGCAGGAGGGUUUGAUUCCCUUGUGAAUUAUCUAAGAAUUGAUAUGAUAUACAAUUACUUAAUUCAAGUAAUCCAAUUGAAAAAAUAAUACUGGUGCCAGUUGAAUAUUGAACGUAUGACAUGUGGCGUGAUAGCUUAGUGGUCAGUGUGCUGGUAAGAGGGAGGCUGUUAGGGCUGACUUCCUUUCACACUAAAGCCCUUUUUCCCUCAGCAGGGAAAGGUACAGGCAUAGGUGAGGAGUUGUGCCCUUGCAGUCCAGCUGGAGCAGGAAGCCAGCAACUAUUUGUUUGGUGUGUAUGUGCAUGUGUGUGUGAGUGUGUGUAUAUGUCUACUUGCAUGGACUAGAAAUGGUUUAUGCAGUACCUCUGAAGAGGGAAAUAAGUGAUGUGUACAAAUUUUUGUUAAUGAAGCAACUUACACAAAGCAGCAGUAGCACAAUCAGUUUCUGCCCUUGUUGCUUGUUUUCUUUAAGAAAUAAAAAUAAGAACAUUUUCAA